AUGGAAGGUGACAGAGAGGGAUACAGUUUUUUCGUAAGAACUUUUUUCAGUCGCCCGGAAACUGAUGACACUAUAAACAACUUCAAGAGAGACUACAUGGAGUCCAUGAAGAAGCUCAACAUGGUUUUAAACACGUCCAGAAACGGGUCGCCCAUGCGAGGGACCACUGGUCCGAAGAAAGUCAAGGAGGUUGAUGAAUUGAACAUUAGGUCACCGCCAAGAAUCCCCAAUGAAAGGGUGCAGAGCAAUCGGAAAUUAGAUGACAACGAUAAUGUCAGGUUGCAGUUCAAAACAAGGGAACCAAACUCCAGAAUAUCUUCCACCUCUACGCUGGGCCCCAGUGAUGAACAGAUACACGUGCUAAUCGACGAGAUGAAGGAGUUGAGGGAGACGCUAUAUCGGCAACAAACUCAGUUGCAAGCACUGAAAGUUGACUUGAAACAAGAGAGACAAAAAACGUCGUUCUUGCAAUAUAAAGUGGACCGUCUAGAAUCCGGUAGUAGGACAGUGCCACAGAAUGGGUUCCCACCAAGGGACAGACCAGUGUCGUCCUCGUAUCUCCCAUCAAGUGCGGGUCAUUCGGCCCCCGCUAUGUUCGCAAAUGACGACUUGGAGAUAAACCACCGUGCGAACAGCGACAGUUACUACGACAUGAAACUUAGGGAAAGACUCAGAAACAGCUUCCUCAAUGAGAAAUACAAGAAUCCGCUAUACGAUAAUAGACCAAGAAACGUAUUUGCAUCCCCAACGUACAUCAAUAAUGACCAUUUCCCCAAUGAAAGGCAACCUUCGAGCAGGGAGAACCUCCGUUACACGUCAUCGUAUAGACUACCAUCGCCCCCGCCUGUGUCUUACAGCCGAGCUGUAGAAGAGGAGAGCACGUCCAAUUUGUUGAGCAUGUCGUGA